AUGUCUCAAUUUGCUCUUCCCGGUGCGAACAAGUCAUACGGAAACCCCCCAACCCCCAGCCUCAAGCCUCGGCAUGGGCGGCUACUUCUUCCUCUAAUGGCUACAAUUGGUCUCGGUUUCGGCGCAUACAACUACUACACCGCAGCCAAGUCGCGGCAAGAAAAGUCUAUGCUGGAGGAAAAAGAACGCAUGGCGCGAAACCAACAGUUGAUGGACGCGUACGGCGACAAGAACAGUCUGCAUGAUGUCCAGCAGGCACUCGACACCUACAACCAAUGAACAUCGGAUCCGUAUUUCAAGAUGCUGGUAAUCUUGAGGUAAAGGAUGGAUUUUUU